AUGUUAAAAAGCGAACUAAGCUUUGACCAACUGAUGGCGCAGGCUACUUUGGUAGCUAAACAACAAGAUGCUGCAUUACUAGAAAGAGCAAGACAAAAAAGAAGAGAAGAUGAAGAAAGGAGGAGAAGAGAAGAACGUGCGAUGAGAGAAAAGCGAGAAGCUCAAGAACUGUUGGCAAAGAAACGUGAAUUACAAGAAAAGAAGCAAAGACAGCUCGUAGAGCAAAAGAAACAACAAAAGAGACAAGAAAAGCUUGUUAAACCACGUUCUGCACGUCCUGAUCCUCGUACUAUUUUACCGGAGAAAAAGAAACCAGUACAAAUGUCAUUUGAAGAUUUGAUGAAGAAAGCAAAAGAACAAUCUUUAGCUAAAAAGGAAAAUCCCACAGCAAGAAAACCAUCUAUUACUACCAAUACUCAUACUACAGCAGCAAAAGCAACAACUAAAUCAUCUGCGACUGUCCAUCAUGGACCCAGCUUAUAUCAUCGUACUAAGAAGCCUGAAUCGAAAAAUGAUACAAGCAAUAACGGCCAGUCGACUUUAUCAGUUAGAGAAAGAGCAAAAUUAUUGGUUUCUGAGCCCCCAAAGAAGGUUAUCGGUCAAAAACGAGAUAAACGGUCAAUUGCAGAAGUACAGAGAGACAUAAGACAUGCAAAGGGAAUAUAUUCAGAUGAUGAAGAGGACCGUCGUAAAAAUGACCCAAGAUUGAUGAUAAACAAGAAUAAGCCAACACAAAGAUACCAAUCAUCAGAUGCUGCAAUAGGACGAAAACGUCCUUUAUCCCCCCCUCGUCCUGCAAAAAAAUUAGAUGCACCUCGUCGCCCGGUUAUGUCUGCACCUAUACCCCGUAUGCCAUUCAGCGGUAGACCACUUGACAGAAAUGCAGCUAAAUUACCAGUAGCAAGAAGAUAUAGAAAUGACGACGACGAUGAAGACGAUGAUCUUGACUCAUUCAUUGUUGAUGACGACGAAGAGGAAGAUCCUUAUUACAAACGCAAAAACAGCUAUUCUGAUGAAAUUAGUAAAAUAUUCCGUUAUGACAGAAGCAGAUAUGCUAAUGAACCAGUAUUCUCCGAUGAUGAUAUGGAAGCUAAUGCAAGUGAAGUUUUAAGGGAGGAAAAGAGAAGUGAGCGUAUUGCUAGACGUGAAGACUUGAUUGAAGAGCAAAAAGAACUUGAAAGGUUGAAGAGACGAAAGAAGAAUUCUGCAUAA